UCUGUCACUUGUUGAACGUAGCGCACAAACAGGAAACCCCGCGGUAAGAAUCUCCUUUUACUGCCUUCAGUGACGGACGUAUUUUAUAUCUGUUUUCACCAGAAGUAUUUGCAUUCAACAGGACUGUUUCAUUUCCUUUUGGUGUUAAUUUGUAGGAUACGCCCACAUAGGCUGAACUAUUGCUGAAAACCUAGAAGGGCUCUCAUAACAAGUGGUUAUCAUGUCUGGCGAAGAGGCUCCAACUCUGCAGCAACAACCUGAGCAGGAGAAGAAGCUCGAGGAACCUCCGCGGUCUGCUUCAGACGCACCGCAGGAGUCAGGUAGUAGCCCUGCCGCGGCCGAGGAGAAGCUUCUCUCCUUCCGGUCUCUGGUCCUGACGGGUUACGGAGGCUAUGAUAAAGUCAAGCUGCAGGUGAAAACGCAAAAGCAGCCGCAGCUGGAGGCAGGAGACGUCCAGGUGCACGUCAAGGCGUGCGGGCUUAACUUCGCCGAGCUGCUGGGCAGACAGGGGCUGUACGAGCUGCUGCCCGCCCCGCCUGUCAUCUUGGGAAUGGAGGGCUCCGGGGUGAUUGAAGCAGUCGGGGAGGAUGUGAAGGACAGGAAGGUGGGGGACCGAGUCAUUGUGAUGAGCCGCAGUGGCAUGUGGCAGGAAGUGGUUGUUGUGUCCGCCAACCUCACCUUUCCCAUGCCCGAGCAGAUGAGCUUUGAGGAAGGUGCUGCGAUCCCCAUUAACUACCUAACUGCCUACAUGAUGCUGUUUGAGAUGGCUAACUUGAGGCCGGGCAAGAGUGUUCUCAUCCACAUGGCAGCAGGUGGUGUUGGUUUUGCUGUUACCCAGCUGUGUCAGACUGUGCCAGAUGUGACGGUUUUUGGCACGGCAUCAGCCCCCAAGCAUGAGAUCAUUGCUCAAGGCGGGGUAACUCACCCCAUCGACUACCGCACCAAAGACUAUGUGGAGGAAAUCCGAAAAAUCAGCCCGAAGGGAGUGGACAUCGUCCUCGACCCGCUUGGUGGUUCAGAUACCCAGAAAGGGUUUAGUUUGUUGAAAUCUUUGGGCACGCUUAUCGUCUUUGGUGCAGCCAAUUGUGUGACAGGGCAGAAAAAGAACCUGUUGGCCAUGGCAAAGACCUGGUACAACCAGCUCUCUCUCACCACGCUCAAACUAAUGCAGUCCAACAAGGCCGUCUGCGGCUUCCACCUGGGCUACAUCACUGAUGAGCAGCUCAUCAGCAGGACUAUGUUCAAGCUGCUGGAGCUCUAUGGCCAGGGAAAGAUCAAGCCCCGCAUUGACUCAUGCUAUCACUUUGAGGAGGUCACUGAUGCCUUCAGGCGCAUGCACGAACGCCAAAACAUUGGAAAAGUCAUCCUUCUUCCUGAAGCAAAGAAGGAGGAAGAGAAGCAAAAGUCCAGCCCUGAACCGGUAGAAAAUGUGGAAAAAACUGAAGCCGCCGUCAACGACAAGAAAAAAGAGACCACAGAAGAAGUUUAAGCCGAGGAUUGAGUAAGCGUGUUUAUUUGAAUGUUUUCAACCGCCUCCUGAAUGCGUUACCUAAUUAUACACUUGUCAAAAGAGAAGAAAAGCAAGAUGCCAUGAAUUCUUUGACUUUGUCAGUUUUGAUGAUUUUGUCUUGCAAUAUGUCAAUAUUGUAGUGUCUAUGUUGGGAACACUUGUUUUAAAUAAGAAUUAACUGUAUUAUUGUACAUUACGUGAGUACAAAUGCCUUCUCAUUACAGAUGGUUGUUAAAGAAUUACAUUACACAAAUACAUUAAAUUCUGACUUCCACAUUUUAGCUACCCAUAACAACUCUAAAAUAAAUAUUUGAAAUGACAACAAACCGGUGCCGGUAUGUAUAAAGCUUCUAAGACAUGGUCUUAAAAAUGGUCCUACAUGUAUACAUGAUUAUUUUUAAUAGGGAGCUGAUGCAAGACACUUAUCCUUGAAGGGAAACUAUCAUUUUUUUCAACCCGGACUCUUGUUUUCUAUGUUUUUAUGUCUAAGUAACAAUGCCAACAAUCUUUGGCAUUGUUCCAGUCUUAAGCAAGAAACCGUGUAGGUUAAUAGGGCAAUUGUCCAGCUUAGAUUUACCUUCACAAAAGUGUUCCUUUUGCCACUGAUAGGCUAAGAUUACUAGUCUUAGUAUCUGAUACACAGUAUGUAGUGAAUCCCUUGAGAUCUGGACCUUUUAAACCUCUUUAAGACCUUACUGUUUAACCAACAGCUCUGGGGUUGCUAGCGCUAAACUCUCCAGACUCCAUUUAUAAAAGCAAUUCUUUUAGUGUGUAUAGAGCCAACAUAUUUUCACAUGUAAAUCUGUAAACUAUGUGUUUAUUUCAACCAAAACUAGAGUUGUGAUGGUUGUAAAAGAUGAAAGACAACCAAAAAUGGCUUUUCAUAGUUUUAUUUGGUUUCUGUCGACUUCAAAUGAAGUGUAUUCGAUGAUGCUAAAAUUACUGUUCCUUUACAUGGAGUCUGGUGGGUUUAGUGAAUGCAAUUUCCCAGAUGUUUUUAUGUUUUAAGAAAAAGGAUCUUGUUCUUUAACAGAAAGGUCGCCCUCCCUUAGAAAUCCUUUCCGUAAUGUUGUCAGACACUUUGAAUAUUAAUCUAAGCCUGUCAGUGGCAAAACUAGCACUUUUGUGAAGAUAUAUACAAGUUGGACAAUUGCCUUAUUAACUUACAUUGUUGCUUGUUUGGCUGCAGCCGACUGCAGCGAUCUUGCUUAAUACUGGACCCAAUGUCAAAGAUUAUUGUUCCCAUCAGUCAGGAGAACUUUUGACGAGUAUUGGUUAAAAAAAAAGUGUCUUCAUUCACACCGGCCCUGUUCUGUCUAACAAUGAAAGAUUUAUCUCCAUACUUACCUGAAAUACUUUUCCAAACUUUGGGUAUUUUCUUUUAUCAGCAUGAUUCAUUUGAUGAAGUAAGGACUAACUGUAAGUAAGUUUAUCAACCCAAGCCUGUUUUAUCAGUAAAUAUUAGCGUAAGACUUGUUAUAUAGUAGUGGCCUAGUAGUGAUCGUUGUGGUUUCAUGGGUUGUGAUACACUACUCCUAUUACUAUUCCUUGUUAAUGAUUGUUGUUGGACAAUAGUCUCUCUUUGGAAAGCCAAGGUCAGUAUUGUUUUCUAGUUUAAAUUGUUAUCAUUUGUCUUGCAUAUUAGUGCCAAGUUUAAAGCCAUCUUUCACCACUGCCGUCAAGCCAACUGUGAAUAACAGUUAGUGGGACUUCCCUGCCUUGGCACUCUUCGCCUGUGAGUUUUCUUCCAAACAAUGUCAAGCUGAACUGUUUGGCAAGCCAUGUAAAGGCAGGCUUUCUUGCCUCAAUUGAUUAAGAUGCUUUCUGAAAUCGUACAUUUCCACUUUGAAAU